CAAUAAAUAUUCACACGGUUGCGUAUCGAGUAGAUUUGACGUAGUUUAUGCGUAAAAACUGGAGUUUUGAAAAGCGGAGUGUUAGAUAAAAAAAAAAAGCAAGCAAUCAUGCUGAGGUCACGUGUUGCCAAUCUGUCAAAAUCUUUCAAACGCGACAUCACUACUAACAUCCCAGGUUUGCAGAAAGCGAGUGAUCCCAUACAACAACUCUUUCUCGACAAACUUCGCGAAUACAAGUCAAAAAGCGUAGGAGGGAAAUUGGUUGAUGCCAGUCCAGACCUUUUGAAGGAAAGAGAAGCUGAAUUAGAAAAAAUUGGUGCACAAUAUGGUAUUAAAAAGGGAGAAGAUCCAACAAAAUUCCCUUCAUUCACUUUUCAAGAUCCACCUAUAAGUCUGUGAAUAUAUACAUAUAUCAAUAUGUCCUAUAAAACAUAGAGCUACGUACAGAUUGAACGAAUGAUUAAAUAUUGAGUUGUAACAACUUGUUAUAUAAAAUAUAUAUAUAUGUACUAUAUUAUUAUAUUUACAUUAUUUGAAUCUU